GCUAUGCAGUUUCGUUUGCUUUCAUUCAGAAGGUGGGCGAGGAAGGGAGUGGGACGGCGCAUCUCGUCAGUCUCCUUGUUGGUGGAUUGAAGAGGUCUGAUCCUGUCUGAUCGGUCACCGUGUUUUCAGAGCUUCUGGAUGAAUAUCUCAUGGUGAAGAAGUGGAACAAAUGCAAUUAAUCAUCAAGAGGCUCAGAAAUAUGGCCGAAGCAGCACCAGUAACUGGAGAGCCACUGGACGACCUGUUGUUGAAAAUCCUUAGAGACAUAGACCACAGUAAAGACUUUCAUGGGUGUUUUGCACCUAAGAGUUGUGCACCACGAGAAGGGGUGCUCUGUAGUGUCAUGGCAAAAGGGAAAGAGGUAAAUACCUUUGAAUGUUUUCUGGAGACAUGCGACAAUGUCACUUACAACAAAGUCAUCAGUGAUCUCAUCGAUCAUAUUUUGAAAACAUGUUGCGAAAUUCUGUGCCCGAUUCCUGCGGGCACCGUCGAUAGGAUGAAACCAAGCCUGCAGUCCAGCUCUUUGGAACGGCUGAAGUGCACUCACCCGUUCUCCUGCCCGAUCUGUGAUUUCGUUCUGAGCGAGCCCGUGACCCUUCUCUGCGGCCACACGUACUGUAAAAAGUGCUUAGUGAAGUGGAAACCUAAUGCCUGCAAAAUCUGCAAAAAGCGACUGUAUGGAUACGAGUUUGUGAGUGCUAAGGUGAAUGUGCUAGUGUACGGACUUGUCAAGAGAUGGUGGCAGCCGGAACUGGACGCCGAAGCUUGCCGGCUCAAAGGAAACCAGAGCAUGGGCGUUCAAGACUAUGCAAAGGCCCUGAGCGCCUACACCGAGGCCCUGGAGCAAGCACCUCAAGACCACAUCACACUGAGUAACCGCAGCCAUGCGCUCAACAAGCUGUCUCGGAAUGCAGAGGCGCUGCGCGACGCGGAGGCGGCCAUCCAGUUGCAGCCCUGCUGGGCGAAGGGCUACUUUCGUCAGGCGGCGGCGCUCAACAGCCUGGGCCGGCUGGAGGACGCCCUGGUGGCCUACGUGCUGUGGGCGGCCCUGGAGCCCACCGCCGCGCUGGAUGAGCUGCACCUGUUGCUGAAGCGGUUGCUGCGCCGACGCCAUCCCUCCGAGGGUCGCGGCGGAAAGCGCUGUCGGCGUAGCUCCGAUGCCGAGGAGCUACAACAGCACAGUGAUGACAGCAACUCAAGCAACUGCAGCACGGAUGUGCCCACCACGCGGCCAGAGCCGACCCGGGUCGGCCUCUCCGCCGACCAGAAACUGCGCCGUAUCGUCGAACGGUGCCACAGCGCGGCGGUAGCUCUGCGAGCGCGGCAGGGGAAGCAGUUUGUGCGUACGGUGGCGGACGGCGAGGCGCGCCGGGAGGAUUUGGAGUGUUCGCUGUGCUUCCGUCUGCUGUGGCAGCCGGCCUCGACUCCGUGCGGUCACACCUUCUGUCGGCCGUGUAUUGACCGGUGGCUGGACCAUAGUCCCACCUGUCCACUCUGCAAGAUGGCCCUGGACGAGUUUCUGGCCGACCGCGGCCGGGCCACCACGACGUUCCUGCAGCACGCCAUGGAGACGUACCUGCCGGCGGCCACGGCCGAGCGACGGCGGACGCACGACGCCGAGCUGCUCGCCGACUCACUGGCCGGCCACGACCACCACCACGAGAUCCCCAUCUUCGUGUGCAACCUGGCCUUCCCGACGCUGCCGUGUCCCCUGCACGUGUUCGAGCCGCGCUACCGGCUGAUGGUGCGCAGAUGUAUGGAGAGCGGCACCAGAGAGUUCGGCAUGUGUCUGCCCAACGAGACCAGCACCGGAGGGUUCGUCGACAUCGGCGUUAUGCUGGAGAUCCGGGACCUGCGCUACUUUCCCGACGGACGGUGCGUCGUCGACACCAUCGGAUCGCGCCGCUUCCGCUGUCUGGAGAAGGGACAGCGCGACGGCUACGCCACUGCCCGUGUCGAGUUCCUCACCGACCAGACGGUGCCGCCGGAGGGCAUGCAAGAGCUCCAAACGCUGCACGACAGCGUCCACGCGCAGGUGGAGCGUUGGUGGACGGAGCACUUCCGCGGCCAGCUGGAGAAGCGUGACCGGGUGAUCCAGUUCUACGGGCCAAUGCCGGCCGUGGAGACGAGCUACUGGACGCUGCCGUCCGGCCCCUCCUGGCUCUGGUGGGCGCUGGCCAUCCUGCCCUUGCGCAGAUCGGUGCAGCUGGAUAUUCUGAGCAUCGCAUCGCUGAAGCGGCGGCUGCGGGUGAUCGGCAGCGUCCUGAAUCGCCUCGCCCAGCCGCCGGCCAACCCAGCCUGACUGCCAGCCGACGCCCUCGGAGUCGCAGAUGACCUCCGGGGCGACCUCUAUAAUAUCGAGCGACAGCAGCGCCACCUAUGCCGCCGCUCGCCAUGACCCGUACGCGCGAGCCCACUGUGAUCGAUGUCCUGCCGCCUGGUGCGGAUGACGCGCCGGCGCCCCCCGGACCCGAGUGAGGUCCUCUCCAGACGCGAAUACGCCAGUGCGUAUUGGCGCGAUCUACAAAUAAUGUACUCGUUUGUCAGGUUGAUAGUGCGUGACAGCUGAGCUGUGUUUCCGAGCUUCGUGAGCUCGCCUUCCUUUCAUUCAUGUGUUGUAUGUGUUUGUAUGGCAACUCUAGGAUUCGCGGGACGUCUCAUGACUCGCUACUUGUCCUCAUAUUUGUGAACAAAUAUAAUUUGUUUUUGACACG